CGUUACCUUUAGAUAAAGCCUUGACCAUGAUCCAUAUGAAAAUUGCCGGUUCUGAAGCAAGCACCGAAAAGAAAAGGUAACGUUCAUUUCAAUGGCUGCUCUUGCUUCUUCUUCGUCCUCCUCUCUCCUCUUCUCAUCUCCACCUACCAAGUUCCCUUCACCUUCUCUAUGUCCUCCUCUACGCUUGUCUCUUCCCACUUCUUUUCUCUCUUCUUCUCUUUCACUUUCUCCUUCCUUCCAUGCCUACCCCACCAGCUCUAGACGAUACUCUGCUUCUUCUUUCACUAUCAGGGCCUCUGCUGCAGAGAAGAAGAAGGUCCUUAUAGUUAAUACAAACAGUGGCGGCCAUGCAGUUAUCGGUUUCUACUUUGCGAAAGAGCUUCUGGGUUCUGGCCAUGAGGUUACCAUCUUCACUGUUGGAGAAGAGGGCUCUGAUAAAAUGAAGAAGCCCCCCUUCAACAGAUUCUCUGAAAUUACGAGUGCUGGAGGGAAGACGGUGUGGGGAGACCCUGCAGAUGUUGGCAAGGUUGUUGCAGGGGCAACCUUUGAUGUGGUGUUGGAUAACAAUGGCAAGGACUUGGACACUGUCAGGCCGGUGGUAGAUUGGGCAAAGAGCUCUGGAGUGAAGCAAUUCUUGUUCAUCAGUAGUGCAGGAAUCUAUAAGCCAACCGACGAGCCUCCUCAUGUUGAAGGGGAUGUUGUUAAAGCUGAUGCUGGCCAUGUUGGAGUCGAGAAAUAUGUUGCAGAAGUUUUCAGUAGUUGGGCUGUAUUCCGGCCACAAUACAUGAUUGGAUCCGGUAACAACAAAGACUGCGAGGAGUGGUUCUUUGAUCGAAUUGUUAGAAAGAGACCGGUGCCAAUCCCAGGCUCAGGGAUGCAACUUACAAACAUCGCCCACGUUAGGGACUUGUCCUCUAUGCUUACCCUAGCUGUUGAGAAGCCAGAAGCUGCAUGUUGUAAUAUCUUCAAUUGUGUGAGUGACCGGGCAGUGACUCUGGAUGGAAUGGCCAAAUUGUGUGCUGCAGCUGCUGGCUUACCAGUUGAAAUUGUUCAUUAUGAUCCAAAAGCUAUUGGAAUCGAUGCAAAGAAAGCUUUUCCUUUCCGUAAUAUGCACUUUUACGCCGAACCAAGGGCUGCAAAGGACAUACUGGGGUGGAAGAGCACCACAAAUCUGCCAGAAGACUUGAAGGAGCGAUUCGAGGAGUAUGUAAAGAUAGGGCGUGACAAGAAGCCUAUGCAGUUUGAGAUGGAUGAUAAGAUACUAGGGUCCCUUAAAGUUCCAGUAGCUGUUUGAUCGACCACUAUCAAGUGUCAUUUUAAACUCAGACCCACUCCAUUCUGCAAUACUUUAUGAGGAUGCAUUUUUGUUUUCCUUCCCCUUCAAGUCAUUUCUGUGUUACAUAAUUCAUUUCCUUUGAUAAUAAAGAGUUUUUAUCUUUCCAAAA